AUGGCCUCCUCCACGUCCACCCAGCUCCCCGCAAAGCAGCACGACUUUGUCAUCAUCGGCGGCGGCACUGCCGGCCUGGUCGUCGCCAACCGUCUCACGGAGAAUCCCAACGUCUCGGUGCUGGUCCUCGAGGCCGGAGCAAACGGGCUGGAAGACCCCCGCGUCAACAUCCCCGCCGGGUGGAAUGCCCUGCGCGGGUCGGAGCUCGACUGGAACUUUGCGACGGUGCCUCAGCCCGGCUUGAAAGGACGCGUCAUUCGACAGCCUCAGGGCAAAGUGCUCGGCGGUUCGAGCGCCAUCAACGCAGAAGUCUUCAUCCCCGCGGCCAAAGCUGGUGUCGAUGCCUGGGCCAAGCUGGGGAAUUCCGGCUGGGACUGGGAGACGCUGCGGCCGUACUACCGGCGAUUCCACACGCUGAACGCCCCGGACAAGGACCUGGCAGAGCAUCUGGACCUGCACUGGCUGCCCGAGCCGUCGCAGGGGCCGGUGCAGGCCUCGUUCCAGGGCAUGGUGCAGGAUCCGCUCUCCCACGCCUGGACGCGGACGUUCCAGCAACUCGGGCAUGCGCUCACCAACGAUCCCUUCUCCGGCAGCACGUCCGGCGCCUUCAGCAAUCCGAUCAGUGUGGACCCCGUCACCAAGGCCCGCAGCUAUGCGGCCAAUGCAUACUUCCUCCCCGCGAGCAGCAGACCGAACCUCUCCGUCGUCACGGGCGCCCUGGUCCAUCGGAUUCUUUUGGAGAAACAAGACGACGAGGUGGUGGCCACCGGAGUGAGAGUCCAGCUCGCCGAUGGAUCGAUCCACGAUGUCACGGCGACGAAGGAGGUGAUCCUGGCUGCAGGCGCGCUGCAGUCGCCCAAGAUCCUCGAGCUGUCUGGCAUCGGCAACGCGAGCCUCCUCUCCUCGCUCGGCAUCACGCCGGUGAUUGACAACCCGGGCGUCGGCGAGAACCUGCAGGACCACCUGAUGACGGGCAUCAGCUACGAGGUGAACGAGGGCGUCAUGACGGGCGAUCCGCUCCUGCGCCAGGAGCCAGAGAUGGUCCAGGCCGUGACGCAGAUGUACCAGGAGCAUCGCACGGGGCCGCUCUGCUCGGGAGGGUUGGGGUCGUACGCCCUGGUGGCCGUUCCCGAGUCCAGCGAGCUAGGAAACGUCCUGGACAGCAAGGACGGCGAUGUCGAUGGCGAUUACGAGAAAUACAAGGAUCAGCAUGCCGUCCUCCGUGAUAUUUACACCCUGCCUCGCGAGCCCAGCGGUUCCGUCUUCAUGUUCGCAGCCCAAGUCAACCUGCACUCCCCGGCCGCGGACUUCACGCAGGAGCUUCUGCCAGGCAACUUCCUCAGCCUGGGCAUCUCCCUCCUGCUGCCCUUCUCGCGGGGAUCGGUGCAUAUCACGUCUGCAGACCCAUCGGUCUCGCCGCGCAUCGACCCGCGGUACUUCUCGCACCCGGCAGACGUGGAAGUCAUGGCGCGGCAGCUGCUGUUCAUGCAGAAAGUGGCAGAGACGCAGCCAUUGGCAUCGUUCAUCAAGAAGGACGGACAGCGGAACCACGAGUCUGUGUUCCAGGUGAAGGACGUCGAGAGCGCAAAGGAAUACGUCCGCACGACGGCGCUGUCCAACAACCAUCCCGCCUGUUCGUGUCCCAUGCUGCCGCGCGGCCAGGGCGGCGUGGUCGACGAGCGGUUGCGUGUCUACGGCGCGAGACGGCUGCGCGUCGUCGACUCGAGUGUCCUGCCGCUGAUCCCUAGGGGGACGAUCCAGACGAGUGUGUAUGCGGUGGCGGAGAGGGCGGCGGAUUUGAUCAAGGAGGAUGCUGGGCUGUAG